AUGGUGCCGCCGUGUUCCCUUGCCCUCUGCUGUGCACCCCAGCGCCUGGAGCCGCAGAGCCAGACCCUGCUGCGUGCCACGGGGCACCCAGAGCAUUCCCGCCAUGCCCUGGACAGCCCCGGACCAGACCGGAGGUCCGCGUCCUGGGGGAACAGGCCCGGGGCCGGCCCGGGCCUUAGGGGGCUGAGGUGUCUGUCCCUGGCCUGGGUGCCCCAGGCCUGAGCUGUGUGUGUGUGAGGGGCAUCCUCCCCACGCCUGCUGCUGCUGGAGCUGUACCUGGAAAGUGUGUGUUGCGGUGGCAGGGGCCCCCGGAGGCUGGAGGGCCUUCACAGCCAGCCUGGGCUCCUGGACACCACUGUCUCCUUCCAGCACUGGCAGGGGGAGUGGGUGGCCCAAGUGGUUCUACACCAGGACCACCGGCUGCAAGAAUCAGAGCUGAGCCCCCUCCCCCAUGAGCCUGAGAAUCUUGCCAAGGACACCAGUGGAGGGGACUGCCCGGUCGAGUUGGAGCCUGGGGCCACUGAGCAUGCUGUCCUGGAGGCCGGAGGGCCAGCAAGAGCACUGAAGGGUGCAGGGACGGUGACCCUGGGCUCUGAGGAGGCACCAGCACAGGUAGGAAGGAGCCUUCUGCAGACAGGUCCUAUAGGGUCUCUUGGAAAGGUUGGGCCAGUCAGCUUAGGGCUCGUGGGGUCACUGGGACGGGGUCUGGUGAGCCUGGGGCCAGUGGGCUCUUCAGAGGAGGCAGGGCUGAUGAGCCCGGGGUCUGUGGGGUCUCCAGGCCCAGUGGGCCCCAUGGAGAUUGCCCCAGGGUCUCUGGAGCAUGUGGGGUGGGUGAGCCUGGGGCCUGCGGGGCCACUGCGGGGCCACCCGGUGGGUAUGGCGCUGUCCCUGGAGCCAGGAACCAUGCCUUUCAUACAACUGGACCACGAGGACCUUCUUGCCGACCUGGGACGUGUUGCUGUCUUCCUGGUGGGAGGGCCAGAUCUGAUGGGCUUUUGGCUCUGGGGAGCCCUAGCCCCAAGCCAGGUGGCGGAGUAGUUUCUGCAAAGUCCGCUAGGGGGCAUUGUCUGUCACGUGCUGAGCCUGAAGGCCCAGAGCAGGGCCAGGCUCCUGGGUGGCCCAGACCCAGAUCAGCGCUUCCAGGCGGAGGCUCAGUUCCAAUGUGUCUUUGGGACAGAGCGUCUGGCCAGGGCUGCCCUGGACACAGACCCUGAAGAGGUAGAGACGGAGGCCACCCUGCCCCUCCCCUGUGGACCCAGUUUCCAGGCCCUCUCUGGCCACUCCCACACCCUGUCCCCAGACAGUACAGGCAGUGACUGGGGGAGCAUGACACUAGAGGAGGUCCGAGGGCUGAUGGCCACCCUGGAGGACCCCGAUGGGGAGGGCUGGCCGCCUCCAGAACUGGGGACAGAGAAGCCUGAGGGGGAGUCUGCACCCAGGGCCGGGAGGGGCCUGGGCGGCUGCAAGUGGAGACGUGCUGGCCGCGAGCGGUCCCUGGAGCUUCAAGGCCGGGCGGCCCAGCAGGAGGACGCUGUGUCGCAGUGAGCCCUGGCCCUCUCCUUGCUGGAUCCCCUGUGUUGGAGGCAGAAGAUGGGCUCCCAGGUGGGGGGCACUGGUGGCCAGGCCUGGCUGGUGGCGCGUGUGGCCUUUGAGCAGGAUGGGGGUAAGCCGGAGGGAGCACUAGGGGCGUUAGAGGUAUGCCUCCGGGAGGAGAUGGCGGGGUCCUGGGGGGCAUGUCGCCUGCAGAGCUACAAUGUGUCCGGCGCCGUUCUGGGAUCUUCUGCCUGCCACAGCGUCUGCCCCAGCAAAAACAGGGCUCGCUGCAGUGUUUUUACUGGCCUAGAUGUGGAAACUCUGAGCGUGGGUGUGCCUCAAAGACCGGGAGCCACCGGUGGGGAACCAGCGCCCCGAGCUGACAAGCAGCAGGACGAAGGGUGGCUGCAAGACACGCGCCACCGCCGGCCCCACCGCUCUCCUGCAGUUCCUCACAUGCACAUGACUGCCAGGGAGCGCCUCUGUGACUUUACACGGUACACUCGAACUUCCUCCACGGAGGACGAGGACAGACAGUGGAGCGUGUGUGGCACCCGCUGCGGCGCUGCGGCGGUCUGUGAGAGGCUGCCGGUUGAGCAGGUCCUGUACCUGUCACAUGGCUGCCUGGCGACCCUGGCCCUCAGCUGUCCCCCCCUCCUCUCACAGGCACGCUCUUUGGGCAGGGGAGCAGGGUGCCCCUCCCUGUCGCUUCAGGACGGCUACUGGCCCCCCAACGCUGACGGCCACAAGGUGGUAUUCGGGCACUGGUGCUGGCAGGUGACGACAGGCCGUUGA